UUGUGGUGUCUGCUGCAAGCUUCCCGUCCCCUCCCUGCUCUUUCAAGGGAGAGAUCCCAGAAGGGCAAAGGCUUCUAUCAGCCACUUUGGCCCUGCCUGGAAGGGUUAAAAUCAUCUGGGGCAGUUCUGCCUGACACACCGCGUUCAACCAGACGAUCUUUUUGGGGACCGGCUCCGUUCAUCAGACUGGCUGCCCUGAGGAUUUUCCUUUGCGGAAGGCAAAAGGAUUCACCUAACAAGCCAAUGAGGAAGGACCUGCAGGGUGAUCGCAACACCUACCAGCCUUUUUAAAUCCGUCUGUCUGGGCUGCCUUGCUGCUUUGGAGUCCGGCAAUGCUAACAGCUGUCUGUGGCUCUCUUGGCAAUCAGCACUCGGACACACCUUGUGCCUCCCCCACCCACCUGGACCUGCAGCCACUGCAGACUUACCAGCCUCACGCCAGCUCCGAGGCAGGAGGUGACUUUUCCUCUCUCCAGCCCCCAGAGCUCCCACACCUGCCCUUGGUGGUCCCUGACGUAGAGUUCUCGGCCACCCCUAGCUAUGACCUGCAUGGCUCUUCACGGAUAGACUUGGACAGUGACAACCCGCUGGCUCCCAGCUCUUACUCCAAGCUCCUGCAGACACCUCCUGAAAUGGCUCACCACUACGAGCCCUGGUUCAGGCCCUCACACCCCAGCAAUGCUGCUGAGGACAGCAGUGUGAACCCCUGGUGGGACCUUCAUGCUGGAUCCAGCUGGAUGGACCUUCAACAUGGUCAAGGUGGCCUCCAAGCGCCAGGCCACACGGGGGGACUCCAGCCAGCACUGGGGGGCUAUGGCUCCACCGAGCACCAGCUCUGCGGUCCGCCUCACCACCUUUUGCCCUCUGCCCAGCACCUGAUGGGCCAGGAAGGGGUCAAACAGCUUGAAUCUCCGCAGGAUCCCCAUGUUCUUGAGCAGGCCAUGGACAGCACUGCUAGGCCGAAGAGCUCGAGACGAUCCAUGCCACGGAGCUCUGGUCAGGCUGUGUGCCGCUGCCCAAACUGCCAGGAAGCUGAGAGGGUAGGACCGUGCCCAGACAGUGCCAAGAAGAAGCACCUUCACAACUGCCACAUUCCUGGAUGUGGCAAGGCUUAUGCCAAGACGUCCCACCUGAAGGCCCACCUGAGGUGGCACAGUGGGGACCGCCCCUUUGUCUGCAACUGGCUUUUCUGCGGCAAGCGCUUCACCCGGUCUGAUGAGCUCCAGAGACACCUCCAGACCCACACAGGCACCAAGAAGUUCACCUGCCCCGUGUGCAGCCGGGUCUUCAUGAGGAGUGACCACCUCAGCAAACAUAUGAAGACACAUGAAGGCACCAAGGAGGGGGCAGAAGGAGAGGGGAAGGGUGGGGCAGACCUUCCAGGGAAAGGGAAGCGAGAGCCCGAUGCCGGAAGCUCCAGCACCCUCACCCAGCCCAACUGAGCCCCUGCCCUCACCAAGACGUCCCUGCCCUGCUCUGGUGCCAUGUGAGGGGUGCUCCCUACCUGCUGCCUUACCUUCCAGCUGGUUGUACAUGGGACUGGUUGUACAUGGCUGUCCCCUCCGAGAAAGUGGCUAUUUAUUCUAUUGGGGAAAAAGGAACCUGUCACGAUGCGGUAGGUGGGGUGGGUGGCCUCUCCCUCCAAUGGGGGUGGUGGAGGGGGAAUUUCAGGGAGGGUCCACCCUCUGAUCCAAUAGAGUGAAGCUUUGGGGCUGGUCUCCAGACUGGAUCCUGGAGGGUGGGUAAGGGCGAGGCUGGAUGGGAGGGCAUCAUUCUUACUUGAAGGAUCUCAGUUGGGGGACUGUGCUGAUGGGCAGCAAAAAGGGGCCCCAGCAAAGCAAUGGGUGGAGGGAUGUCUCCUUCAUACAUGUCCUUGGCCACAGGCUCCAGAUCUUAAUACAUCCCUUCCCCUGCACAGAGGAGAGGGGUCAGAAUCCAAAGCUGGGGAUUUGCGAGUCAGGCUUAGCUUGCAGAAAAGGCAGGUGUUCUCAUCUCAGCCCUCCCCUACCAUUCCCUUGUCACCCUCCUUCACCUAUCACCCCCCACCCUCACCUCUUUUCUUUCCCUACCCAGGUACACAUACAGAUGAAAUGACCCUGCUGAUCCUUUCACAACUUCCCAUUUGUUCCAUGCCACCCUGCCUGGGCAGAUCACAGAAGCUGGCUUCUGCCCUGAGGUGGUUUCACUCCUCUCUCUCUCUUUCUUUCUCUCUCUCUCCCUCUCUCGGGCCAUGGAAGCUUCCACACUCCAGAAACCUUUUGGCCUCCCUGUAUUUUGUGCUGCUACAACUUUUGGCACAAGGGAGGUUGUUUGGAAGGAACAUCAAUCAGGACCUGAAGCAGCUAAUGCCCUUCCCUCUUGCAGGACCUGCCGUGACACGUCUGGGGCGAAAGGGGAGAAUCACACAACAAUGGCUUGGGAACAGCUCGUUAAAAACAGCUUACCCUCAAGGGAGGCUCCUGGAGCUGGGGACUGGAGGGGACUUCCAUGGCUUGAUGGAGGGCUCUGCUCCCCCUCCGAGAUCCACCCUUCACCCUCCUCAGUGAAGGAACAUCCUCUACUCAAUGUGGUUUCAGGCAGAGCUGUUGCCUACCCUGUGAGUGGCAGUGCUAGGGUGAGGAGGGUGAGAUGGUCCAACCGUAAUCCAGCUGCAUUACUGCCUUAUAAGCUCCAGUUUGUAGCAGUGAGGACCCCCCAUCUAGGGCACUGGUUUACAGCUGGUGUAAACCCAUCAGAGUCAAUGGAGUUGCACCUGCUCAUACUGGGCUUGGCCAGUCCUCCUUUAACAGCUCAGCCUUUUCUUUCCUGACCCUUCCCAAGGGUCUCACCAGCUGCCCCCACCUGCUGCUGCUCCUGUGGCCAGUCAUGGAGGAGUUCCCUUAAAAGUGAAGGUAUCUAAACCUGUAGACCUUGGGGUGCAUUACCUAAGGGAGCUCCUCAAAAGCUCAGGACACCUGGAAUGGAUCUCUUGACUGGAGGGGAGGGGACUAGGCUGUACUAUGCUAUUUUUGCCCUCUACUGCUUGUGGCUAUUUUGGGGGGACCCCAGGAACAACCAUGGGAAGUGGUGGUAAGGGAUUGAUGACUUCAGUCAAGGUUGGUGUGAAGAAAUCUUCUGCAGGCAGGGGUGGGGGUGAAGCCAGAGAACCAAGCGGGUGGAUCCAAACUCCCCCCCCACCUCCAAGCAUCCAGGGACAUCAUAGGAUUCAGCCAGAGGGGUGGAGGCCAUCUUCUAGUGGAAAGACAUCCGUCUGAGUCUUCUUCAGGGACAGGGCAGAAGUGGUGACGAAUCAUCUGGGCAUGGGGAGUGUCGCUGUGGGGCAGGGAUGGGGGGAAGCCCCUGGGGUGAGUUGGGUGAAUUGCACAAUGGGCUGGUCUUUGAGCAAUUGCCCAAUGCACACACCUGCUCCUUUCCCACACCCACCCCUCUCCAGGCCGUCACUCGCUCUCCCCUGGGGGAGCUCACGCGGGUGAGGGGGAGGUGAAUGGUUGCACCAGGAAGCCCGUGGAGCAGGCAGCAGCAGGAUUCCGAUCCUAUGGCCCAAUCCUGUGGGGCCGGGGAGGGAGGGGAAUGGCUGGGCACCAUCUAUCUCUCUCCACAACCCAGGCAAGGAGUUUUUGUUUUGCACUGGAAGAUGAAUCCUGAUUUCUCUGAGCCUGUACCUUGCACUCCAGCUGUAUUUAUUGAAUGCCUAGAUUAUUUCUGAUAGGGAAGCUGAUACCCUUGGGUUGGGAAACAUCCCUUGACUUUCUUUUCCUUUCCCCUGGUCCUGUGUGGAAGGGUUAAUCAAGCCAGGAGUUCACCACGAAGGAGACAAGGAGACGUUGUUUUCCCCCUCUCUCAUCCUCUGACUUGACUUCUUAUUUUUUUAAUUAAGUCAUGGGUGUUUCCUACCAUAAUCUUUGUUCUAGACAUCCACACCACCUUCCACCUGCCUUUUCUGCCCAUAGCAACGUAAUGGGGGAAGGGCAGAAUCCAGGGAUGUGAGAUGAGGGGGGAGGGUGGGCCUUUGGGGGUGAGAUUUGGGGUGAAGUCUUAAUAAAACACAGAUGGGUCUAAAUUCCAAAUCUUGCAGGAAGGUCUGCAGCUGGUGUCAGUCGGUGCUACUCUGUGGAUUGCGCUAGCUGGGAAUCUGGCCCUGGAGAGAUACUUUGAGCCCGAUAUCAUAGUUUGAACCAUCACAUCACUGGGGGAAUGUGAUUCCAUUGCAGACCUGAAUUUGGAGACUGAACAGGUUUUAAAUUCAGGAGUGACUGGAUCUUAAUAGAGUUGGGGAGAGAUCUUCAGGACCAUCAGAGUAUGAGCUAACACUUUAUUUUAGACUAUUUUAUUAUUAUUAAUUAUUAUUAUUAUUGUUAUUAUUCAGGUGAAGCCAGGCUUUGCCAGUCAGGAGGGUGAAAACAGAGCUGACGCUCAUGCAAUGUGUACCUGGGGUGGGCUGACUGGCCAGUUGUGCUUGGUAAUGGUCCCAAGGACCAGUCGCUGUCUCCAGCCCUGCCUGAGCUGGGGUCUGAACACUGUUGUCUUGAGACUUGUUGACAACAUAAAUUGGGGAAGGUUGGGCAAUUUGCAAAGGGGUUGUGAGCUCUCUCUAGCGGUGGGAGGCAGCGAGGCUGAGCCAGAGGGGAGUCAUUGUGUAAGGCUGUAAGAACAGUUCUCCACUCUCUAGCGCAGUUUCCUUGACAAGCGAGCACAGGGGUUUCUCACCCCUCAGUCAAGUCUGACAGUUGUUUGAGCCAGAUUCCCUGUGUAUUCACUUAAUAGCCCAAAGAAUCAUAAACACCUUAAGAUUACUGUCCAUUUAAGGUUUUUACCGGUGACUGAAGCAACCGAAGUACAUAACAAAUUCAGAGCAAACGCCACCAGUGCAGCAAUAGAUGCACCAACCAGAAAUAAAAUCCUCUUAUGGAUUGCUGCAAGGCAGAGCAGGGACCAAAAGGAGAUGAGAGAUGCCUGCCUGUGCAAAACACUGGGGAACAUAUUCACCCCUGCUAAUAUUGGGAAUCAGUGUGGGCCCCUUCAAUUUUUAAAUUUCCCUCCUUGUAAAUUUCAGGAAGAUGACUUUCUGGGUAGAAGAUGAAAUUGGUGACUAUUCACAUUCCCCAGUGAAAAUCCAAACCCUUCCAAGCCUGGGUAAAGUCAGCAUCAUGCUCUGCCUCUCUCCAGGCUGGUCACACAGAGACUGUGCUACAGUCCUGCUAGUAAUGAACCACAGUAGGGGUGGCCAUUUAUGUAGGUAGCAAAAUCUGUGUUGAUUUAGAUCUAGGUUCACUGUGUCCCAUCCCCAGAAUCAUGCCUGGGGGAACAGGGUUUCUAUCCAGGAUACCAGAUAUAGUCUGUCUCUUUCAAACCCAUAAUCCUGUUGAAUUUUGAGUGAGUUUAUAUCUGGAUCCAAACAUUUAUACCCAUGGUCUCUGGGUUUGAUCCUGUGAACCCAAUGGGAGUUGGACUGGGCAUCCACCAUGCCUGUGGCUGCUGGCCUGGUUGCCAUCCAUUGUCUGUGCCCCAGCAGAUGUUUUGGCCUAGGGCCGUGGCCUCCCUGUGGCAUGAUGCUGAGACAGAGUGAAGUGUCACUGAUACCUUCCAUUCACCUGAAGGGGACACUGUGGAUCGUCUGCUCAGGGCAUUCAAAGAGGAACCCCAGGAGUAGCAUGGCCCAGCACAGUCUUCAGCAUGGCCCCUAGUAGAGGCUUGUCCAAGGUCUGAUAGUGUAGCACAGAAGUAGAACUAGAGGAAGAGCUAUUCAAUGUUGGGCAGCAUCGGGGAAGUCCAUAGAAUUUUGUUGGAGAGCAUGUGGCAUGCUGAUGGGUUCAUGGGAGACAGCCAUUUCUGUCUAUGUGAGCCACUCAGGCAGGGUCCUUGAGACAGCAAUGGCCUUUGAGUGUUGGGGUGGUUCUUGGCUGCUAGGUUGAGCUGAUCAGAGCUUAUUUGUCUUCCUCUACAACCCCUUAUCUCCCCUAAAGGAGCUGUCCAGCCCAUGUAUGGCAGAUGGAGGAGCAGAUCCUGCUAGUGAAUUAGACCCUGGUCCCAAAGGGGCAGAUAUAGUCAUUUACUGGCCUUUGCUGUGCUAGGGACAUUGAGCAGUUCAGAUGGGAAAGCCACAGCAGGGCAAUGGGAGAGGAGGAUUUCAGCAGUAGCCUCCCUCCCCCCUGCCUUCCCAGCAGUAAGAAUGGCUCAGAGCCCAGCCCCCUCCAAGUCAUGCCUUUAAUUUAUGGGACAGCGAAAGCAGUAAAACUGGGUGGGGAGGGACUAAGCCAUGAUGAGCUUGCUCCCUGGCCCCCACCCACCAAAACCAGUCCAGCCUGCUGCACUGUAGGGAUUCUGGGAGGGGUUUGCCUGGGCUGAUCCCCAGAACUGGCUUGUCCACGUAUUUUCUAGCUCCAUGGUGCCCCCCCUCCCCCCCGCCCCCUGCAGCAGCAGUGGGUCUACCUAUACGAGGGAUGGUCAGGCCAUGUACCAAUCUGCUUGGAAGGGGACCAUCAAGCUCUGGAUUUCAGGGCAUAUGUCAGUCCCAGUCAGACAAAGGCAAAGGAAUUUCUCUUUCCAAGGCAGAGUAUGAGUUAGUUGAUGUGUUAUAGGACAGCUGGCAUCAGAAGCUAGUGGAGACAGGAGGCCUGGUUAGAUGGGCCCAUUGUGGCAUGAAGGGGAGAAUACUGGACUAGCUGAGCACACUGGUUUGAUGUGGGGAGGGGAGGUGGUACUAGGUUAAAGAGGCAUUGGUUUGAGCUGAUGUGACGUUGAGGUGGAGAUACUGGAUCGGAAGGGCCCACUGGCCAGAUCUGACGUGGCAGGGCAACAGAGAUACAGAGCUAGAAGAGCUAAUAGUCAGAUCUGGUGUGGUAGGGAAGUAAGUAUAGUUUAAUAAGUGGACCUCUGCCAGAUCCAUUGUGAUGGGCAGGCAGGGAUACUGAGCUAGAUGGGUGAAGUGGUCAACUCUGGUGGAGCAGGGAGGCAGAGACAGUGGGUUAGAUGGGGCUGUUAGUUAGGUCUGAUGGAUCAGACAGACAAAGAUACUGGGCUAAAGGUGUGAUAGGAGAUGAGACACCAGAAAAGUGGGUUCCCCAGUCAGUUACCAUAGAGCAGUCCCCAAAUAUAGUAUGAGGAUGGGGUUUGUGAUGAGCGACACUCCCUCCAGUCUGUUUACAUGCUCCUGGGAGGGGAAUGGGAGGCCUGGAUGACUUGGAAGGCCUGAUGCUGGACAUGGGAGGCAAAAAGAGGUUGCUCCCACAGUUCUCCUGGAUUAAUUUGAUUCCCUGGUGGGAAUCACUGGCAAGAAACAUGGAGUCCUGGGCUGCUUUUCUGUCUCUCAAGCUGUUUAUGUAGGAGCCCCAUAGAUGAAACAAUGUAGGAUUCUUUACUGCUGUGAAGAGAAUGGGGCAAUAGCUGGUGUUUUGUACCAUAAUAAAGUUGUGUGUUUUCCA